AUGGAGAAAUUGCCGGAAGAAAUGCUAAGGGCAGUCUUUGUUUAUUUGCCAGGGUCCGAUCGUUUGCCGGUAUCGCUUACAUGUCGUCGGUGGUUUAAUUUAUUGAAGGAUUCUGUCCCAAGUAUCAGUGCUGUACAUAUUUCUCUGGAUACAUCAGCUUGUUCAACUCGUUUUCUAGAGGCAGCCUUAUCAGAAGCAACUCUUUCGAUAUGUUUAUGUCCAGGACAUGCGCGAAAACAUGCCGUUCUGUUGCAACCAUUUUUUCAAGCUGCUGGUCAAAACCUUGCAACUUUAGCUGUCGAGGAUAAUCUUAUACCAAAGGAGGGAAUAGAGACUCAAAUUCCGGACAUGACAGUUCAUGCACUGCUGAACAAUAUGCCGAAAUGCUUACGGGCCUUGCAUUUUCAAGGUGUUGAUUUCUCAAAAGUUCGACCAUGGACAUUUGCGCUACUCGUGAAGUUGGAAUCCUUAGAGGAACUAUAUAUACUGGAUGUAGUGCUCCCAAUUGACAAUGAAUCUUUGUUCGCCAGGAUGAUUUCCCCAUCUUUCGACACCUUAACGAACAUUUCUGUUACUAAUAAUGCGCAGAUCACGGAUAAGUUCGUGUCUACACUGGCGCGACGUUGUCCCGUCUUACAAACCAUAAAUUUGAAUGGAUGUAAGCGUAUUACUUCCUUAUCUGUGCUUGCCUUUGCUGAAAAUGCGUCGCAUCGAAUUACAGAACUAACGUUUAUUCAUGUCCAGUCAACGAUGUUCAAUCCUAACUUGCUGCAGCGAUAUUUAUCAUCACCGUUACUGGCUGGUGGAAAUUAUUGGAGAGCAAAUGCUCUGAAACUGGAAAUUGGAUUUCAGCAUGAUGCGAUUUGUUUGGAAAACAUUUGUCGCACCAAUUUGUUCAUUAUUGUCUUCAUUUGA